ACCACCCCCGCUUCUCCCUUGCUGUCCGCCUCGGCCUGCGCGGCUGCCUCUCGUGGGCCCGGCCCGGCUCCGUGCGCUCCGCCGCCUUCCUGCCUGCGCGCUGCCCGGCAGGUCGCCAUGGCGAACGUAGCCGAUACGAAGCUCUACGACAUCCUGGGCGUCCCGCCCGGUGCCAGCGAGAACGAGCUCAAGAAGGCAUACAGAAAGUUGGCCAAGGAAUACCAUCCUGAUAAGAAUCCAAAUGCUGGAGACAAAUUCAAAGAAAUAAGUUUUGCAUAUGAAGUACUCUCAAAUCCUGAGAAACGCGAGUUAUACGACAGAUAUGGAGAACAAGGUCUUCGGGAAGGUAGCGGUGGAGGUGGUGGCAUGGAUGAUAUUUUCUCUCACAUUUUUGGUGGGGGAUUGUUCGGCUUCAUGGGCAAUCAGAGUAGAAGUCGAAAUGGCAGAAGAAGAGGAGAAGACAUGAUGCAUCCACUCAAAGUCUCUUUAGAAGAUCUGUAUAAUGGCAAGACAACCAAACUACAACUUAGCAAGAAUGUACUCUGUAGUGCAUGCGGUGGCCAAGGUGGAAAAUCUGGAGCUGUUCAGAAGUGUAGUGCUUGUCGGGGCCGAGGUGUACGCAUCAUGAUCAGGCAGCUGGCUCCAGGCAUGGUACAGCAGAUGCAGUCUGUGUGCUCUGAUUGUAAUGGAGAAGGAGAGGUAAUUAAUGAAAAGGACCGCUGUAAAAAAUGCGAGGGGAAGAAAGUGAUUAAAGAAGUCAAGAUUCUUGAAGUCCACGUAGACAAAGGCAUGAAACAUGGACAGAGAAUUACAUUCACUGGGGAAGCAGACCAGGCGCCGGGAGUGGAACCAGGAGACAUUGUUCUUUUGCUACAAGAGAAAGAACAUGAGGUGUUCCAGAGAGAUGGAAAUGAUUUGCACAUGACAUAUAAGAUUGGACUUGUUGAAGCUCUGUGUGGAUUUCAAUUCACAUUUAAGCACCUUGAUGGCCGUCAGAUUGUGGUGAAAUACCCCCCUGGCAAAGUAAUUGAACCAGGAUGUGUUCGUGUAGUUCGAGGUGAAGGAAUGCCACAGUAUCGGAAUCCCUUUGAAAAAGGUGAUCUUUACAUAAAGUUUGAUGUGCAGUUUCCUGAAAAUAACUGGAUCAACCCAGAAAAGCUUUCUGAACUAGAAGAUCUUCUGCCAUCUAGACCGGAAGUUCCUAAUGUCAUUGGAGACACAGAGGAGGUAGAGCUUCAGGAAUUUGAUAGCACUCGGGGCUCGGGAGGUGGUCAGAGGCGCGAAGCCUACAAUGAUAGCUCUGACGAGGAAAGCAGCAGCCACCACGGACCUGGAGUGCAGUGUGCCCAUCAGUAACAGCUGCAGCAAGAGCGCAGGUGGAUUUUCUUUCCACAUUUGCCUGCUUUGUUUUCAGCGAUUCAGCUGGAGUAUCUGAUCAAUCCAGAUGAACUGGUGGACAUCUAUUGGUCUCUGUGUAACUUUUAAAAUUGGUAUAGUAUCUACAGAGUGUAUAAUUUAAACUAACCACAAAGCUUUACGUAUUCAUUUGGACUGUUCUGUAGCGGAAUAAAGCACUUGAAAGGAAACAAAACUCCCUUCCCACAUGGGUUAUAAGUUUCAGUCCUGGUAUCUGUGCUUGAUUUUUAUCAGUUUGUGUAGAUUUUUAUGUUUCAUAUUUUAAAUUCAGAUCCUUCAUUGUAAGAUUUGUGUACAAUUUGUCCUGAAGCUUUGUGUUUGGCUGCACCUGCAUAAGCUGCUAUAAAUAGAAUAAAGAAUUUCAUGGCCUGUAUCUAUCAUUUAGAUGCAUGGAAAAUGGGCUUUGCACACAAUGGGUUCGGAGCUGACUGGGAACAAUGGAAAAAUACAUUAGCUGUGGUUGUAAAGAUUUUUGGUUUUCUUUUUUUUUUUCUUUUUUUCUUUUUUUUUUUUUUUUUACAAUCUUGUGAAAGGUUUCUGAAACUCAAUAAUAAAAAGCAGUUGAUGUAAAUUAUUCCUUGUGUCACAUUUUUAGAAGGAAGAACAUAUUUUGAACUGUUAAACGUAUCCUUAAACUGGAGAAUGAAUCCUUCGUUCUGUUCUCGAACAGCCGGCCCUUAAAAACCCAUUGGCCUGAGGCUUAUGCCUCAGCCAAGUGCCCAUUUUAUAGUUUUAAAAGACAAAGGAAAGCUUGAUACAUUGGUAGAAACAGGCAUUUUAUUAGCUUCAACUAAGCUUUGUAGAGCACCCAUCAGCCGAGGACAUCUAAGUAAUGUAAGGCCUAAGUUACAAUUCAGAGCAUUUGGGGCCAGGUUGGCCUAGGCCUCUGUAUCCAUCUCUCCCCCUUUAAAAAGCAAGGUAACAGCGAAUCAAGGUAAAACCAUGUUUGCACAGAACCUGUUAUUAAGUUGAAUAUCUGUAAUUGGGGGAAGCAGUGAUGUGUUCCUAAUAUUUUAGAAAAGUAAGACUCCUUGGGCUGGUAUGAAAAAAUCAGGUAAAACUCCUAUGAAAAGAAUUAUGUUCUUCCUUAUGUCUUUUCACUCCCAAGUAGAUAUUUUUAGAACACACUUAUUUGAGAGAAAAGUCAGUUGCACAUUUUACGUGUGUAAAGGGGAAAACUGAAAACUGAAAUUUCAAAUUGUAUUAUGCCAUCCCUGAGCCUAAAUAUAGUACUUGUAGUUUAUUUCUAGGUCUGCUAGAACUUGAAUGAAAAAAAGGUGUCCUGACACUAAUCAAGGCCUGUGAGUUUUAAGUUAUUGCCCUUUCCACUACCUCCAUUGUACAAAAAUUAUUUCACAACCAGCCUGGGCAAGAUUCAAAACAUAGUUUUGUAUCCAAGGUUACUUCCCCACAACCACUAUAAGAAUAAGAAAUGCAGUGACAAUAUAAAGUUUGUAGCCCUUCCAAUAAAAGUUUAUAAAACAGCGUUGU